GUAUGUGUAAAUGUAUAUAUAUGCUCAUAUGUGCAUAUAUAUAUAUAUGUAUACAUGUGUGUAUAUGUAUGCAUAUACAUAUGUGUAUGUGUGUGUAUUGUGUCUGUUUGUGUAUUAAAAAAGGUAGUCCCUUCACAUGAAUGUGUAUACACACACACACAUAUAUAUCUCCCUCUCUGUCACACACACAUAUCUAUGGAGGACAUGGCAGUGAAAGCGGGGUCAACCCGGAUUACAGCCGCAUUUCCCCUUUGGCCCUUGGAGGCCGGAACUUGUGGGCGCGCCCCUUGUUUCCGGCCGAGGCGGUUCCGGCGACGGACCCGUUCCCCCUUCGACUUCCGGUCCCGCGGGAGAAGGGCUAAAACCAUGGAGCCGGGCCGGCCCUGCUUUCGAGCCUGCGCUUGCUUUUUCACAGACAACCUCUUCGUCCAGCGCUACGGGCUCCACGUCCGUUACUCGGGGGAUCCGGAGCAGCUCCGGAGGGACUAUGGGCCGGCGCUACGACAACGUGGCUGCAGAAGCGAGGAUGAAUUUAAAGCUGUAAUCCAAGAGAUUGAGAAAGAAGUACAGAGAAGAAAGGAAUUAAGUUGCCGUUCUAGAGAAAGAAAAACAAUCAUCUCCCAGAACUACAGACCAAAGCAUCCACAGCUCUAUGCUCUACAGGAAUCAUUUCUAGCACCACAAUUUUUAGAAACUGUCAACUACUGCACAUCCAAAGAGGCAGAUCCCCAAGGCCUCCUCACCCGUGUAGCAACUAUAUCAGAUAAGAGAAUCUAUCGACUUCCAGUAUUUUCCAAGGAAUUCUGUCAAGCUUUCAUCGAAGAGCUAGAGAAUUUUGAACAGUCUGAGAUGCCCAAGGGGAGGCCAAACUCUAUGAAUAACUAUGGGGUUCUUUUAAAUGAACUUGGGAUGGACGAAGCUUUCAUCACUCCUCUGCGUGAGAAAUACCUGCAGCCCCUCACGGCCCUGCUUUAUCCAGAUUGUGGGGGAGGCCACUUGGACAGCCAUAAAGCUUUUGUUGUGAAAUAUGCCUUACACGAAGACCUGGAUUUGAGUUCCCACUAUGACAACGCAGAAGUCACGCUUAAUGUCUCCCUGGGAAAAGAGUUCACCGAGGGCAACCUCUACUUUGCUGAAUUCAGACAGGACACCAACCCUGUGCCAAAGUACAUUGAGGUUGAGCAUGUGCUUUUUCAUGGAUUGUUCCAUCGUGGAGGACAGAUGCAUGGGGCACUGCCUGUCACCUCUGGAGAACGCUGGAACCUGAUCAUCUGGAUGAGGUCCUCUGCUGUCCGAAACCAGCUUUGUCCAAUGUGCAACAGGGAACCAGAACUGGUGGAAGCUGAAGGGUUUGGGGACGGUUUUACCAGCAGCCUUGACGGCGGACAGUCUGAUACCGUGGAUGUAUGUGCCCUAAUAUAGAGAGGCAAUAAAGAUGACUUGCACCUUCACUUCCAUAACAACAAUGGUAGCCUUAAGGUGUUCUCCACAGGCCAAGCUGAGGAUAGUGUGUAUUCCAUGCAUUAAAGGACCAAAGACAUUGUAAUGCAGCAGUCAGAGCAAAAUCACUGAGAACAAGUUAUGCAGAGGCAGAUUACAGACUUGCAUGACUCUCAGCUGAAAUCUUACUGUCUUAUCACAAGAAAGAACAGUUGUCUGUAAAAUAUGUAUCUCCAAAAGGCCAUAUGUUAUCCGAAGUGUCCACUUGGCUACUAAAUUCUUUGGUGGAA